CUUUGGACCGAGGUGCAUGUCGUAGCGAGAGUGACGAGGAAUAUCUGUUCAUCUUUGGAUCUUAAAAACCGUGGAUAUUUUUGGAAAUCAUGCAGAAAUCUUGAAAUGAGAGUGUGAGAUGGUAUCACUUCCGAAAGUGAGGAUAAUUAUCAUUGCCCCAUUGAUGAAUACGACCAGCACGGCUCUCAGGAAUAGCUGCUGCUGCAUUCAUAAACACUUCUUUAGGACUCACAACAACCCCUGAGCUUUGUUUUGGGGUCACUAAAAACACAUAUUCCUGUUGUGCACGAUGGCUGAAAAAGGUAAAAUGAACAUAGAGCAUCUCGGCGGAGUUGUCAGGCUCCGAGAGGAACACGAGAAGGUAAUUUCACCAGUUGACACCAAACGUUUCGCUGGCUAGUAACGUCUAACGUUAGCCGAAGCACAGUCCGCUGCUGCUGCUGGCCACGCGGUACAUCAGCACAGGCUUAUAACCACGAGUGGGUUCAAUAAACUGCUUUAUACAUCAAACAUACACAUUUAUGCACCAAUUGUACUAACUCAUAUGUCACAUUAGAAAGUUGUGGGUUAAUUGUUUUGACUGUCCAUUUUCGAGAAGCUUCCUGCCUUGCAGCCUCACGUGCUCAAGUUCUUGUUUAAACGAAUGUUGCCUUCACGGGUGGUGAAAGACUGUGAAAGUCGGAUUCAGCACUGGAAGAAGGUGUCAGGUGACUACGAAGCCCUGAAUGACCGCCUUAAAACUCUUCCAGAUCAGCUGUCUUAUGACAUCAUGGUGCCAUUUGGCCCUUUGGCCUUCAUGCCAGGGAAGUUGGUGCACACAAACGAGGUCACGGCGUUGCUCGGCGACAACUGGUUUGCCAAGUGCUCUGCCAAACAGGCUCAGAAAAUAGUCGAUCACAGGAUGAAAUAUGUGAAGCGUGAACUUGAUGAUCUGUCGAAGACAAUAAAAAACUUUGAAGCGAGAGUUGGGCUCGUGAAGGAUUUGGAAACCAUGUCAUCUAGCAAAGGGGACUAUGUUGACAUUAGAGAAGAGACCGGAAAGGAGGACACUGCUGUCACCAAAGGAAAGCAAAGAAUAGCUCACAAACCAAAUUCUAAGCCCAAGUUGGACGCCGUGUUGGAUCUAAAAGAGGAGGAUGAGGAGAAUGAAGGAGAGACCGGAGAUCGAGGGAGCAGAAAGGGCGUCAUGACUGAGGAGGAGUUGUGGGCUAGAUUGGAUGAACUCGAGAAACUGGAGGAGCUGCAAGACGAGCAGGACAGAUUAUACGAUAACGCAGACAUGAACGGCGAGGACACAUCAUCCCUUUCCUCAGAAGAGGAGAAGGAGGGAGACGCUGCGCCUCCAGUGAACGGGCUGAGUCUGAAGCCGAGCUGGGCGUCCGUGCCUCAUAGUAAAGUGCCGCCGAGCACAGACAGGAAAGCGGAAGAAGAAGAUGACGAGGAAGAGGAAGGCAGCUGUUUGCCCACCAUCUAUUUCUCUCACACGACAGAACCCAAGAAGGUGAGGAUAAACACAGGUAAAAACACCAUGUUGAAGUUCAGUGAAAGGAAAGAGCAGAAGGAACACUCAAAGAGGAAAAAGAAAAACGGCCACAAUAACGGACACUCGCAUCACGAACUUCACAAGAUCACAACACCGACUGACAUUUACAGGUUGUUUGUGGACGUGAAGAACGGGGAACCCAUCCCCAGGAAGUCAAUCCUAAAAUCUCGAAGCCGAGAGAACAGCGUGUGCAGCGACACAAGCGAGAGCAGCACAGCGGACUUUGAAGAGCGCCGCAUGAUCGGACGCAGCUUCAGCCACGACGAGGCGACACACAGCGACACCAGUGACGGUAUUACGGAAGAGGACAGUCCCACAGCAGUCCCACUGCACCCUGCCAGCCGAUUCGAGGCCUUUUCAGGUACAGUAGUAGAAAAGGAUCCGAUGCCUUCAGGUGUCCCCCAUCUGACCAUCGCUCCGCCAGCUCUGCCGACCAUACUGGAGAGGAAACAGGAAGAGGUGGCGCCUGACACGGCUUCGCCUCAGCAAGCCCCGAAGAGGGUGUCGAAGUUUAAAGCUGCCAGGUUGCAACAGAAGUGACUCUAAACCAGCAGAUAUCCAUGAAUCACAAUAACUGUUUUUUUUUUUUUUUUUUUAAAAAAAAGCCUUUGUCUCUUUUCCACAACUGAUAACCUGCACAAACCAUCCUCUCCUUUCUUUCACGUGUCUUUCUCUUUAAUCCACACACACAAUCCUUGAUCAUGACUUCAGUGAGAAGAAGUAGAGUAGCAACGCCUUGUAGGUAACUUCUUUUUAAGAAGCUCCAAACACUAGUAAUGCAGUCUCUUUUGCUUAUCCACUCCCGCAGCAUAAAUAGCGCUUAAUUUGUCCAUCUUUCUGCGGGGCUUGCUUAAACCGUUUGCCGUCUGUCACAUGUUUACCUGUCUUCUUCUUCUCUGUUGAUCUGUGCUAUCGCCAGCGUAGGUGAGACUCCAGGCUACACGUAGGAUCAGUUGCCUCGUUUUGUUUCCUUUUCCAAGUAUUGAUCAUAAAACAGAAUCAGUUCUCAUUUUACCUUCUCUUGACCUGCCUAAUGAAUGUACGUAUUCCUUUGUGACAAGCUUUGUGUAAAGACAAAAAAAGAAUAUCGACGGAAACUAAAAGGAAAAUAAACGAUUUUGGCUACAA